UAUAUCAUUCCCUUCACCCACUUCUUCUCGUCUUAAUAUUGUAUAUAUCUUCGUAUCAAGCUGCGUUGUGUAGACCCCCAACCUAGCGUCUUUCAGUUCUGCUGAGCAGCAAUUCACCACCUAUGAUAAAAGAAGUCCGCACCGAUAGUCAUUCACCACCCGCCAUGUCGCUGAAUGACGACACAGCCGCACUAGGAUUUUCAUUUCGCCCGGCCGCCAAGGCUCAGCUUCCACAAGAACCUGGCCUUUCCUCGACUUCCUAACACCUACAACCAAACCUUUUCACACCCACCCGACAACCUCUUGUCAACAUCACCACAAUGGUUUUUGGGUACUCUCCCUGGACCGCCUUGUCCAAGGUCUCCAACUUCGUCUUAGGACUGCUCACUCCCUCCCCCACAACACGCAUGGCCGUCCACACUCUGCUCGGCAAGCACUUGCGCGACGACGAGGAAUACGACGGCGCUGACGCCCACGGCCGUAUCCCGCAACCGACGACAGCCCAGCGAGCGAGGCUCACGCCGAUAUCUCGCAAGGGGGCAGCGUACUCCCCUACUCAACCACCGAGGGACUCGAAGUCCUUCUCCGCCGUGGUUGCCGAAACCAUCGCUGCAUAUGAAGAGGCACUUGCUGCGAUGAGACCGUGCAAGAUCCGUCGAACAACCCCUUCGUCUGCAGUCUCCGUCAACACCGCACCCAGCUCUCACAGCACCCAGAGCGGACGCACUCGGACUGGAAGCACCUCCAGCGGAGCCGCCUCCAGCGGUAGCAACAACAACGACAACAACAACAACAACAACAACAAAGGAAGUUCGGGUGCGAAAGUUGGCCAUCCCGCCUUUGGCCUUCCAAGCCAUCUGUUCCCCAAAACAACAACACGUUCGACCUUCCAGCCCCACACAACCUCAAACAUCACAACACACUCUCACAACGCCCAGAGCUCAAGCUCAGGCAUUGUCUUCGGCGCUCCGAGCAUUCCUUGCCCGGACUUGACUGCCUCGAAUUUCUCGCAGACCAAAGACACGCAUACAUCUGGUGGUGCUUCGAGCACCAAAAACGACAGCUUUAGCUCGCAAGCUUCCAACCCAAUCUUUGGUUCCGCGAGCCUUCCUCGCUCCAGACUCCCUACUUCUCCAGUGUCGACACCAAGCGUGGCCACGAACGAUACUAUUCACUCCCCCCCUAAGCAGCGCGAACGUUGCUCGGGACGUCGUCAUAUUCUGGAAUGCAAGCACAUCGUCCGCACUGAGAAGAAUCAGUUUUGCGCGACUAAUUGCCGCGGCACAUCUCGCAACACCGCCUUUGUUUGCCUGGAAUGCUGCAUAGCGCAUGCGGCCUACUUGGAGUACUACCUGACAGAGGGUACCAGACGGGCAGAGGCCAGUGCCGAGAAGACCGAUGAUGCCACGCUGUGGAACUUCACGGUCACCAACCACAUCAGCGCAAUCUUGGAGGCGAAAUAUGCCUGCCGAGCGGAGCUGGAGAAGGUAUUUGCUCGUGGUCGACAUACUCUCCCGGCGGAAGAGACAAAGAUUCCACGUGGCGGCAUGUUCGCGCCUGGUGAUAAGACUCGCGACAUCUACGAGAAAGUCGCCCUUAUGCCUCAUGAAGCCAUUCUUGAGCUCAAGCGAUCAUUCUCUUCUUCUGCCCAGGCUCGCAAGCCGGAAGAUACACCAAAGGCGGCCAAUAUUUCGAACGCGACGACGACCACACCCUCUGGUGGCCGAUUCUUCACCGCGCAGAAUGGCUCGUCCUACUAUACCGGCCUAUCAACCCGCAAGACCCCCAAUGCCAAUCCAACUGAGGGCGCCUCUCCCACCUCAUCCUCCGCGCAUCGCUCUGCCCAGGCCCGCCCACCACCGCGAUUCCGCAACAUCAUUCCGCCACCCUUGGUGCUAGGCAAGCGCUCGUGCGUCGAGACUCCCGAGUCGCUCCAAGCACCCCUCGCGAAGCAUCACAUGAAGAAGCUAGCCUACGUCCCAGAUGAGGCGGAUAAGACGAAGCGCGGCGUGAAGCACGCGCGCGAAGAGGGAAGCUGGGAGAACCCUCUCGCACCACCAGAGCAUCCUGCCAAGCGUCGCUCCACGUCGCCGCCCGCCACCUUUAGCGGUUCUCUCGCUAGCCGGAAGCGCGGACAUGAUGAUGGCCAGCAGGAGGGUCAAGUGGAGGAUUCGCCAGCGGUGGGGGUCAAGCGUCUGCGGCAUGGACGAGUGAUUUGGUAGUGUUUUUCAUUGUUUUCACACCCUUUGGUAUGAGUCCAGGUAUGAGUCCAGGUGUGGGUCUGGGUCCGGGUCUGGGUCCGGGUCAUGUAGCUUCUCUUUCUCUCCUUUCUUUACUAGAGCCUUCCUAAAUAGAC